GGCGAUUAUUUUUACGUACAAUAAUCAAUAAAAUGGCUGAACCAAAUUAUUUAGAUUUGGUACCAACAGAAUUUUUUAAAACUUUAAUUCCAUCAGAAUAUAGCUUACAAUCAUUAUUUGAAGUCGACUAUAGCAAAUGGGAUUGGAGCCAACUCUUACCAUCAAAUAACUUCAAAUUUGUUGAAGGUGUAACACCAUUUUCAAAUAAAAACUUUAUCUUUUUAUCAAUUUUUGUUUAUCUUUUAACAGUUUUAACAAUUAAGUUUUUAUUUAGUGUAUUAAACAUUAAAGGUUGGAAACUCGGAUUUGUUUCAGGUAUUCAUAAUUUAAUUUUAUGUAUUUGGUCCUUAUUUAUGUGGGUCGGUAUUUCAUAUGACCUUUUUAUUCUCUUCACUACCACUGAACAUGGAAUCAAUGCCUUGUUUUGUUCUCCAAAGUCUAAUCCAAUUACUGGUAGAAUUUUCUAUUGGCACUAUAUUUAUUUUGUUAGUAAAUUUUAUGAAUUUAUUGAUACUUUAAUUAUUGUUUUAAAAAGAAGACAAUUAAUUUUCCUCCACAUUUGGCAUCAUGCAAUUGUUGUUUUAAUUGUUUGGACUUGGUUGCCAUCAGGUGUUGCUUAUGCUUCAGUUGGAAUGUUUGCUAAUACUCUUGUACAUAUCUUUAUGUAUUAUUACUACUUUAGAACUUCAAUUAAUCCAUCUGUUCGUAUUUGGUGGAAAUCAUAUCUUACUUCGGGUCAAUUAUUCCAAUUCACAAUGUCAUUUAUUCUUGCCAUUCCAUUCCUUCUUCAAGAUAUCUCAUUCAAUUCCUCCACAGGUGGUUUCGAUCAUUCAUGCAAAGGUUGGGGACCAUUUGCAUUUACUAUGGUCAAUAAUUUAAUUUUCCUUUUAUUAUUCAUUAACUUUUACCUUAAAACUUAUUUCAAACCAAAAUCAUCAAAGAAAACAGAUUAAAACUAAUAUUGCAGUUUAUAUAUACAACAAAAUAAUAUUUUUUUUUAAAUAAAAUACAAAUAAAAAAAAGAAAAUAAAGUUUUAGUUU